UAGCAUUUUUCUUGGAGAUGAUGGAGAUGACUAUAUGAGUUGUUUUUCUUAUGUCAAGCAUGGAGCAUCACUUGCAGUGAUCUGGGGUCAUAUGUCCGAUGAGGUUUCUGUGGCUGCUGAGGCAGAUUUGACUUCAGUCAAAGAUGAACUUCGAAGUAACCAGACAAAGAGGUGGGAAGCAAUAGGCAUGUUAAAGCAUAUAUUUUCUUGGGUCAAUCUGGCGUGGGAAUUGAAGAAGCAUGCCAUCAAUUUUUUACUUUGCAUUUUGGAGGGAAGUGUCUCCCAUGACUGCCAGGCUGAACACAGCGACUGCUCAACUUAUAUGCAUACACUUUAUACUGCUCUGCAGGCCGUUGAAAUGGUUAUUAUAUAUGCAUCCGAUACAGUUCUACGGAAGAAUGCUUUUGAUGCAUUUAAAAAGGUACUUGCUGACAUUCCAUCUUCUCUGAGAUUUGACAUUUUAAUAGCUUUGAUAAAAAAUAGUGAUUAUUCUUCUAUGAUUGCUAUUAUUAUGGAUUGUUUUAAAGAGGAAAUGCACAUGGAAUAUCGCCAGAGGCUACAAGCAAUUGAUAAUGGCCCUCAAUUUAAAAUAUUCUGGAGCACUGGUGUCCUUGAAUUGUUGGAGUUUGUGUUUAGACCUCCAAAGGGAGGACCUCCAUCCCUCCCUGAGUUCAGUGAUGCAGUUCUGUCUGCCCUCAACCUGUACAGAUUUGUAUUGAUCACGGAAUCAACAGGAAAAACCAAUUACACUGGAUUGCUGGCCAAGGACAAGUUACAGAAGGCCUGCAAUGAAUGGUUCCUACCUCUACGUACCUUGGUUACAGGUAUUGUGGCAGAAAACGAGAAGGAUCAUGAUCAACUGGCAUUUGAUUCUGUUUGCGCCCUCAACCCUGUUGAGUUAGUUUUGUACCGCUGUAUUGAACUUGUAGAGGAAAAUCUUAAACACAAAGUGUAGCUUGUCAUCUACGCAGAUGAUACUUGAUAUCAGAGUCAUUGACAGGAAAACUUCAUAUUGUUCCAUGUUCAAGGGAUAGAUGAACAUAUACAUCAUGUAUACCAUAUUCGGGAUUUUGAUGCAUUCUAGUUGAGGCAGAAUCAUGGAAUUUUUAAGAAAAGGGUUUGCUGAAUAUUUCCUUGAAUUUACCUUGGAAUUUACUUUAUUUAACGCAAAAGAAAGGG